UCAUAAUUUUCUUCAUAUCCAUGUCCUUUCCCCACCUUUAUUGUACAGGGAGCCUAAUCAUUCCUGUCUUUAAGCUAUGAUCGAGCUUAAAAUCUGCCAUCUUCUGGAUGAGACCAUUAAUAUCUGCAGUGUCCUCUUCAGGUGGUAUAAUCCUAUUCCUGUGAAGAUCGAGUUGGGUUAUCAAAGGCUGUGCAUUAUCAAGGUAGUCAAGAUGGUCAACAGUGAUCCUACACUUCAUAACCUGUAUAUUUGAUGUACUAUUCCAGGCGAUCAAGAUCCUCGCAUAGUCUUUAUGCGAUAUCGUGAGUCUAGAGCAGAUUCUCAGUAUCUUGAAGUAUAAUCAUUACAGCCGUAAC